CACGUUACUUUUUCAAAAACCCACUUUUUCCUCUAACUGACCCCGCGUUUUCUCACCCUCCCCUAACCUCACUUCCGUGCCAUGCCCACCUUCUCCUCCUCCACCACCAGUAACGGCUGAGUCAACCACCAAGUCAUGGGCAACUGUACGACAUGUAUCAGACCCGAGAGCACGGAGACCCACCACCAGAACCAUCACAAGCAGAAGAAGAGAAUCGGAGAACGAAGGCCCAACCCCUACGCCGAAUCACCAGCUUCUAUCAGAGUCCUCAAAGAUUUCGUGCCCAAAACUCAUAUUUGCGACAAGUACAUACUGGGUCGCGAACUGGGUCGUGGUGAGUUCGGCAUAACCUACCUCUGUACUGACAGAGAAAGCCGUGAAGCCUUGGCUUGCAAAUCAAUCUCUAAGAAAAAGCUCCGAACCGCCAUAGAUAUUGAGGACGUUCGACGCGAGGUUGCGAUUAUGUCGAGCUUGCCUGACCAUCCAAAUAUAGUGAGAUUGAGAGCUACGUAUGAGGAUAAUGAGGCUGUGCAUUUGGUAAUGGAGCUGUGUGAAGGUGGGGAGCUUUUUGAUAGGAUUGUGGCGAGAGGGCAUUACAGUGAGAGAGCGGCGGCGACUGUGGCGAGGACGAUUGCGGAGGUGGUGAGGAUGUGUCAUCAGAAUGGGGUGAUGCAUAGGGACCUGAAGCCUGAGAAUUUUCUGUUUGGGAAUAAAAAGGAGAAUUCAGUGCUCAAGGCCAUCGAUUUUGGGUUGUCUGUGUUUUUCAAGCCGGGGGAGAGGUUCUCUGAGAUUGUGGGCAGUCCGUACUACAUGGCACCAGAGGUUCUGAAGCGAAAUUAUGGGCCAGAGGUUGAUAUAUGGAGUUCUGGUGUGAUUCUAUAUAUUUUGUUAUGUGGGGUUCCUCCAUUCUGGGCAGAAACUGAACAGGGUGUUGCUCUGGCGAUUUUGCGAGGGGUGAUUGAUUUUAAGAGGGAGCCAUGGCCUCAGAUUUCUGAUAGUGCCAAGAACCUUGUUCGGCAAAUGUUGGAGUCAGACCCCAGAAAGCGAUUGACCGCCCAACAGGUUCUUGAACACCCCUGGAUACAAAAUGCAAAGAAAGCUUCAAAUGUACCAUUGGGUGAUAUAGUGAGGACAAGGCUCAAGCAGUUCUCUGUAAUGAAUAGAUUCAAAAAGAAAGUCUUGAGGGUAAUUGCAGAACACUUAUCAGUGGAAGAGGUAGAAGUGAUCAGAGAUAUGUUUUCAUUGAUGGACAGUGACAGUGAUGGGAAAGUAACAUAUGAGGAACUGAAGGCUGGGCUUCGAAAAGUUGGUUCACAAUUGGCGGAACCAGAGAUAAAAUUGCUGAUGGAUGUGGCCGAUGUUGAUGGGAAUGGAGUCCUCGACUAUGGAGAGUUCGUAGCAGUAACAAUCCAUUUGCAAAAGAUGGAGAAUGAUGAGCAUUUCCGCCAAGCAUUUAUGUUUUUUGACAAAGAUGGGAGUGGAUACAUUGAGAUUGAUGAGCUACGAGAAGCCUUAGCAGAUGAAUCAGGUGAAACGGAUAUGGAUGUACUCAGUGAAAUCAUGCGAGAGGUUGAUACAAACAAGGAUGGGCAAAUCAGUUAUGAGGAGUUUGUUGCAAUGAUGAAAACUGGAACUGAUUGGAGAAAGGCUUCACGACAGUAUUCUAGAGAGAGGUUUAAGAGCUUGAGCCUUAACCUGAUGAAGGAUGGGUCUUUGCAGCUUCAGGAUGGCCUUACUGGUCAAACUGUUGUUGUUUGAGCUCAAGGGUUCAUGAUCUUGUCUCUUUAAUGCCCACAAUUGUUUCUUUGCUUUCGAAGUCAAAAUGAAGCGAUUUUUACCAUCCAGAAAUCCUUUUCCUGCAAAUUUUGGCAAGUGGAUUCUUCAAAAUGGGAGUUUGGAGAAUGAGCUGCGGGAUAUCAAUAUUCUUGGGUUUCAUCGGUUGAAAUGGUUUUUGGCGGGAUGAGAUAUUGAUUGGAUAUCGCGUAUUGGAUGGAGAUCUGUUGCGAAGGAUCGGGGAAGAGUAUUAAGUUUUCAUGCUUGUAAAUGUUGUAUAUUUCCAUGUCAUUUGUGUUUGAUGAUUAUCCAGUAUUUGUGCUUUUUCCAAACUCUUAACUUUGUGCAGACAGGAAUUAGAUUGAUUAUUGUGUGCAUUUUUCAAAAUUGCAGUUGAUUUAGUUCUACACUGG